AUUACCGUUCUGUUCAAACCAGCGCGCUCAUUCUCAUCAUCAUCAAUCUUUCUCUCUCUCUCUCGCUCUCUCUCGCUCGCUCGAUCGAGCGUAGUUCUGCACUGCGGGAGCUCAACAAUGGAGGAAGUGGACGAGACCGAAGCCGCACCUCAGGUUUAUAUGGCAUGCAUUCUCCAGGGUAAUCACAUUGGAGUUUCUUACUAUGAUUCCAACAUUCGCCAACUUCAUGUGCUGGAGUUAUGGGAAGAUGGAAGUCCGGAUUUUCCCCUAAUUGAUCUUGUUAAAUAUCAAGCAACGCCUCUCUUCAUUUAUACCAGUACUAAAAGCGAAGAGUCUUUUAUAUCUGCUUUACAAAGAAGUGAUGGGACAGCUGAGGCUCCUACAGUGAAGCUCGUGAAAAGUUCAGUAUUCAGCUAUGAGCAAGCAUGGCACAGAUUGAUGUACCUUCGAGUUACAGGAAUGGAUGAUUGUUUAAGCAUUAAGGAGAGAAUCUCUUAUUUAAGUUCCAUGAUGGACAUGGGAAGUGAUCUUGAAGUUCGUGCAAGCGGAGGACUUCUUGCGAUUUUGGAGAAUGAAAGAAUUGUGGAUACCCUUGAGCAAAAGGAAUGUGGGAAUUCAUCGAUCACCAUCGACUCUGUCAUUCAGAUUUCACUAAGCAAUUUUCUCAAACUAGAUGCAGCUGCCCAUGAAGCAUUGCAGAUAUUUCAAAUAGACAAACAUCCAAGCCACAUGGGCAUUGGUAGAGCAAAGGAAGGGUUCUCGGUUUUUGGCAUGAUGAACAAGUGUGUGACGCCAAUGGGUAGACGGCUCUUGAGAAGUUGGUUCCUGAGGCCUAUACUUGACCUUGAGCAUUUGAACAAUCGUCUGAAUGCUAUUUCAUUUUUCCUUUUCUCUGAGGAACUGAUGGAUUCUUUGCGUGGAACUCUGAAGUCAGUAAAGGACAUUCCACACAUUCUCAAGAAAUUCAACUCCCCAAGCUCCAUAUGUACCAGCACUGAUUGGUCAGCUUUCCUGAAGAGUGUUUCUUCUCUCUUGCAUUUGAAUAAGAUACUUGAGGUAGGUAUAUCUGAGGGCCUACGUGAGCAAGUGAAGUACUUGAACACAGACAUUCUUGAAAAGGCUAGUUCAUGCAUCAUGACGGAGCUGGCUUAUGUUUAUGAAUUGGUAAUUGGCGUUAUUGAUAUCAGCAGAGUUAAGGAGAAAGGUUAUGAGACAAUGGUGAAGGAGAGUUUCUGUGAUGAGUUGGACGAGCUGAGGCAAAUUUACGAGGAACUGCCUGAAUUUUUGGAGGAGGUGGCAUCUCUGGAGCUUGCACAUAUUCCUGAUGUGUUUAAGGACAAACAUGUUCCAUGUAUUGUCUAUAUUCAGCAAGUAGGAUACUUGAUGUGCAUUUUUGAAGAGAAACUCGAUGAAAUGACAUUAGAAAGGCUUGAAGAUUUUGAAUAUGUUGUGAGUUCAUUCUCCAUUAGAUGCUUCUCUGAUACAGAUGCAGAGAUGACGAGGUUCUUCUAUCGAACUGCAAAGACAAGAGAAUUGGAUGACCUUCUUGGGGAUCUUCAUCAUAAAAUCUUAGACAUGGAGAGGGCAAUCAUCAGAGACUUGAUUAUACACAUACUGACAUUCUCAGCACAUCUGCUUAAAGCUGUCAAUUUUGCUGCUGAACUAGAUUGCUUCUUGUCGUUGGCACUGGUGGCUCGUCAGAACAAUUAUGUGAGGCCUACACUCACAGAAGAAACUUUGCUUGACAUACAAAAUGGAAGACAUGUUUUGCAGGAAAUGACAGUCGACACUUUUAUUCCGAAUGAUACAAAAUUUUUUAAUGAUGGGCGCAUUAAUAUCAUCACUGGUCCUAACUAUUCAGGGAAAAGCAUCUAUGUCAAACAGGUUGCUCUUAUUGUUUUUCUUUCUCACAUUGGAAGUUUUGUGCCUGCUGAAUCAGCAACUGUGGGUUUGACAGAUAGAAUAUUUUGCGCUAUGGGAAGCAAGCUUAUGACUGCGGAACAAUCGACAUUCAUGAUUGAUCUCCAUCAAGUAGGAAUGAUGCUGAGGCAUGCAACUUCAAAAUCAUUAUGUCUGUUAGAUGAAUUUGGAAAAGGCACUCUAAAUGAAGAUGGAGUUGGUUUGCUUGGUGGAGCAAUCAAUCACUUUGUCAUGUGGGACGAACCACCAAAAGUUCUGGUCUGCACUCACUUGACUGAGCUGCUUUCUGAGAACUUUCUACCAAAGUGUGAGCAGAUCAAGUUUUACACUAUGAGUGUUCUAAGGUCCGAGGACAACAGCACAGACGUUGAAGACCUUGUUUUCCUAUAUCGCCUUGUUCCUGGACACACUCUUCUUAGCUAUGGGCUUCAUUGUGCUCUCCUGGCUGGUCUUCCAAAAGAAGUAAUUAGAAGAGCUGCCCUGAUGCAAGAUGUUAUUGGGAAUAACCAGCCUGUUGAUCGACUGUGCAAUGAGAACAUAUCAGCACAAGAUCAGCAGUACAAGAAGGCGGUAGACAAGAUGCUGGCAUUUGAUUCCCUCAAUGGUGAGCUCAAAGCAUUCUUCAAAGACAUAUUUCCUUCAUAAUCCCAAUUUUCCUUUCAUCAUUAAUUAGAGUUACUUCUAGUUUGCAUGACUGGACUAGUAAAAAAUGUCUCCUUUUGAUGUGCCCUCUCGAAAGUUUAAGUAGAGAGACCAUGAAAAUUGAGGAAGCGUAAGUUGGCCUUCCAUCUACUGGUCAUUGCCCAUUCACGUUGCAAAAUUUUCGGUCCUACUAUGAACUUCCAGGGUAAAUGUAACUGGUAGUAUUUGCCCAAAUCUAGCCUUUUCGGAUCCUUCGGUUUA